AUGGCAGUCAAGAUCAUGGAUCUGAGCAAAAGCAACCGCUUCUACCCCUGGCUUUCGGUUUUCGGCUUCGUGUUGCUCUUGCUAUCCACCUACCAUCUGACGAAGGAGACUUCCUGGACAGGCUCGAUUUCCCUCAAAUCUGACGCAGUCGCACCCGUUGGACCUGUUGUACCUGUUGCACCUGUCGCACUCGAAGCUUCAGGUACCGAAGCAAAGGUUGGACUGCAUUUUGGAGAUCCUGAUGGAGAGCUCACGCUUUCGGACAAUGAAUUUCACAAACUUUUGGACCAUGGAUUGCACAAGCGACAAAACUUUUGGAAUAAUGCGAUUCGAAAUGGCCAAGCCAAGAUCGACUUGAUGAAUGGACCUAGGGUCCAAGCCCGACUGAGCAAUUACUAUGAUCUGGCGGCUAAUGGCUGGGAUUACGAAGAUGAAGUUAGAGACGAAGCAAUGGUCAUCACAGGGAAGUGGGUGGAAAUCUAUGAACAAUUGGGAAUUGAUCCAGAAAACGACAAUGAUAUCGACAACCAUCAGUCCCAGCGGUUCUCCAAUUGCAUGUUCCGAAAUCUGCCACCUACCGGGGGAUCUUUUGAAAAUAGAUACAACCCCAAAGGCCGAAUGAUAACAGGCGUCAACAACUACAGCCCCUAUAGUAAAUUGCAAGGUCAGGCGAACGUCACUAUUGGGACAAACACCAACGUAGCACCGUUCCAGCGAGUGCCCGAUUUGCAAAAAUGGUCGCAGGUGGUGGCAAUUGUGUGGAGCCAUCUCGCGGGCAAUGAUGCGCAUAACCUGAAAUACAUCUUCAAAAUGGGUAUCGUAACUACAGCAACCCAGCAAGUCAUGAUAGAAGCGGCCAGGAGACAGCCCAUCAACAUGCAGAGCGCCAACACCUUUGAAUUUACUACCGAGUGGCCUGGUUAUAAAUUUGGUGCGGGCUCGGAUGGCUAUGCGGCUCUGAUGGGAACCCCUCAUGGUGUUGGCAUUGCGUAUCUUUUGCACGAACAUCCGGAUCAGUUCGGCACAAAGACAGUGGAGUCGAUCACGAUCUUCACUAAUCCUGACGACUAUCCCACCUACCAUAUGCUCUUCACCCUCACAGAUUAG